CAGAACCCUACGCAGCUUCGUCGCGUCUAGCAGCAAGCGAUCAGCAAUUUUCCGCGAGGACGCGUGAGCUCGCGCCGACGAGUCUGAGGUGUAUCGCUCGCCGAUCGCCAUCGUUUCCCCGUGGUCGUCGCUCGUCACUGACGCCUUCGACGCGAUCGAUCUUCAAGCACUCCUUAAAAGCUCAUCUCCUCGUGAUCUCAUCGCCGGUGCAAAAACGAAACGCUUCGCCUUCGCAUCGCACGUGACCCCCGGCAAAGCAGACGUGCUCGCGUGCUCCAGGGAACAUAGGAAAAACAGACGUUGCACGUGGUCCGCGAGUGCUACGCGUGUCUUCCACUCCCGUCCCCGCGUUCACUUUCCCUACCACCUUACCGUAAGAACCCCGUCCGGCAAGCAGUAUAAAAACGAACGUGCGUCAACGCAACGAGUUAGUGCGUUUCAUGCGCUGAGAGAGGAAGGUACUGGGUGCUCGUUCAUCCCGUUCUUCAUCGUUCGCGAGUUCUUGCGAUAUUAGAGAAGUUAGAUUUGCGUAUAAUAGGUGGGACAGGAAUAAAAAUCUCUUUGAUUGUUUCACUGAUCGCUAGAAGUGGUUUUGAAGAAAGCGAUUAACGGAGUGCGAAAGUUUUAAGUGGGAAAAGUGCGGUGAUAUUGGAAAAUUUUGUAUUUAAUUGAACGGCUAUGCCGGUGGAUUUGGAAUCGAUGGCGCCCGUUACUCACGAAACGAGAUCUCACAAGGGAGAGAAGAUGAAUAAGCUGUGCCGCCAACUCUCCAUCGAGAGUCCGAGCGUGACCGGCCGCGACUGCGUCUUCAGCUUCGACGUGCCCGUGCCGGAUGUGCCAGCGCACGGUGCCCGCAUCCGGGUAAUGUGUGCCGGUGCAUGUUAUCAUCCACGACGUUCGCCGAGCCUCACCAGCUUGACUUCGGUAUCGAGUGGUAGCAGCCUGGCUGCUGAUGUGUCCAUGGAGAGCGACUACCCAGUCUCCACACCGCAUCAUGGGGUACGCGAUGCCGCCCUGUUCCCCGGCUACGAAGUGGCUGGUGUGAUCGAGUCGUUCGGCACUGACGUGCCCGAGGAUUGCGAACUUGCCUUGGGCGACCGUGUGAUUCUCUAUCCCUACGACGGCAUCCCCAACGGCUACGUUGAGUACCUGGUAGUGCACGACCUCAAGUACCUGAUCAAGAUCCCGGACAAUAUGUCGCUCAGCGUAGCGGCUAUGCUGCCGGCUGGUGCACUCCUCGCUAUGAACACCGUCUUCGCCGCUCACGAACAUGUGCAGGCAUUAUUGAAGGAGAGAGGUGAGAAGAGCGUAUGCAAAAUUCUGGUGGUCGGCACAGGUGGUCUCGCUUUAUGGGCGUUAAGAAUCGCAUCGUACCACUUCAGCAACAUGAGAGAUAGAGUCACCACCACGAUAGCCACUCUUAAGGACGAUGGUCUUCUCAUAGCUCAGGAAUUUCAACGUCGACACCUCGAUUCCAGGGUGAGCGUCGUACAGUGGAACGAGGACCUGUACGAGAAACAGCUGAUCGAGCGCACAAUGGACGCCUGCGGCGGCCAGGUGGACGUGGUGAUCGACUUCGGCACGACUUCGCGCAACCUCCACCGCAGCAUGCAGUGCCUCAACAAGGGCGGCGUAGUGUUCGUUAUCAAGGAGGUUGCCGACCGGCUGCUGCCCAAAUUCAGCCGACGAGUGGAGGAGAGGCAGCAGUCUAUCAAACCGGUGGAGUUGGGCACGCUGGAGCAGUUGCAGGAGCUCGUGCAACUGGUCGGUUCUGGUGAGAUCGAGCCGCCCCCACAUACCGUUUACCCGGCCGAGGAGGCCCUCGAUGUCGUCCAGAAGCUUUGCCACUCGGAGAUCCAGGGCCGCGCGAUCCUUCGCUUCUAUCCCGCGGAUUAGAGGACCGCCCGCAAGAAAUUUCCUCACGGAUCGCAUAUUGACGAACAAUAGAUUCGACGACGACGAUGAUCGGAAAGUCAGGACACCGGUCACACCGGUCCAGGUAGUGGGAAUCGUACGAUCGCGUGUGCGUUUGGGAGGCCCGAUGCUCGAAGGAAAUCGGAAUACACAGGAACUAUUGCGCGAGGAAGUAGUUGUUCCGUAUGGCCGAGGUUUAGAAUAGAUGUUGCUACGCGCACGUCCCGCGAGACGAUUCGCGAACACGAGCACUGAGAUUUUCACGGAGCAAAAUGCGACGAUGCGUUGAUAUCAGGAAAGAUUUGAUCCGCCGAAGAUUUUGUAGGAGUCACGUGAUAUUUCACAUAUAAUGGAGGAGUCGAAGAACAACGUCCCAGUUGGCGUUUGCUCAGCAUUAACCAUUGCUUCAGUAAAUCCCAUGUAACGACAACACGAAGCACGAGUAGCGUAACUUCAUCGCUGUAUUCCAUAUCGCUGUUUUUAAUGUUGAGAAGCGCACCAUUUUUGAAGGAGAUAUAAUCAUCGUAUAAGAAACCGAAGUCUUUCCCGUGGGGCUUCUUUCCCCAGAGAAAUUCGUUGAUAAAAAAAAAGCAGAACAUUCAUUAAUCACUUUUAAGAUAGACAUCGUUUUUUGCAUGACGUAUAAUUAACUUCCGCAAGUAUGCAAAGAUAAUCGCACGCAUGCCGAAUUGACAUUACAAGCGAGAUAACGACUUGGAUGACACGAGAUAAUGACGUAAAGUAAUGUCGCUGCGACUAGAAAGAAACAUGGUCGCCAAACGAGCGACGAUCUCUACUUCCUGUUAAUGAAUGUCUAAUAUUUGUCGUUUGCUAGGACAAGUAAAUCAAGAUAUGAUGAUACCGAGCGCGUCAAUGGAACGAUGGAGCAAUUAAUAAGUGAAGAUUGUGGGUUGCAAACGGUAUUGUUUUCAUGUUUAAGAAUCGUUGGACAGAAAUUGCUAAACAGAAUACAUGAAGAAAGCAAUAUAAUCGUUAUUCGAUGUUCUUUCGAUCUUGUCGUGCUGAGAUUAAAUGACGUGCAUGAUAAUAACUAAUUGUGUGAUCCCAAUAUAUUGACACACCUACAAGGAGUUAUUAAGUAUCAGCGACUGAAUAGAAAUGCCGAAAUCGAGAAGCAAAACUUUUGCUUAAGACAAAUAAACGAAAAUGACGAAAAUUUGUCUCACAAAGUACUUAAUUGAUAUCGCUGCUAUAUGUUCGUUAGUUAAAAAAGAGGUCUGUAUUUUUCGGCGUAUUUAAAAUGUAAUUUUCUACUUAAAGAAUUCCCAGUCUCUCUUGUUAUUAUAUGUUAAUAUAGUCUCGUUAAUUUUUACAUACAAAUUUGACGAGAAAAUGCAGACCAAUUUGUUUGGUUGUUGAUAUAAAUUGGAUAUGAGCAGAUUUUUAUACGAUUAACCAGCGAUUCAUAGAACCGGGCGUUCUACUUUGAUUGCGCUGUGAGACGCAAUGUGACGAUCUUGUCGAAUUAAGCACGUCAAGCGAUAUUAUUUACCGUGUUAGCAGUGUCUGUCGCUAUUUGUAUUCACUCAAAAACGUCUCCCAGUGACAGUUGAUUGAUGUUCCUCACAAUUAUUCAGGUCCACAGAAUCAUUAGUAUUAUUGUUGUAAGAGACGUUUUCCGAUCAUUAAAGAUAUCGACAAAUAUACCGCUGACACAGUAUAGAGUAUCGCUGCGAGACUCAAGCAAGUCCGAUAUUUGCGAAUGCACUACAAUGCAUAAUGCAGUGAUAUUGCAACACAAAAUCAAACAUGUAUGUAUAUUUAGAGUCAAUUACAGUAAAUAUCAGUUCUAAAAAGUGAAGUGUCAUCUCGCUAUAGUGAGGUAAUUUUAAAAUGAUGAUUAUAUAGCUCAAAAAUGCGACGAGUAAGGUAAAUGAAUCUAAAAUACUGUUCCGAUUCCGCGGUCCGUGGCCUACAGGUGCGAUGAACAAUUCUUUCUAAGCAUCUUUUUUAAACAACAUAUUUCUUAAGAGACUUAUAUCACGUUGAACACUAUCAUUACACACGUGCUGACGCUAAACUUGCCCUGUUUCGGUCCGGAUAUGAUGACUGAAUUUAAAAAGCAUAAUUUAAAACAAUGCAACGCGCGACUACAUCUAACAUUCACUUUCUGCGAGCUUUUUAGAUUAAUCUAUGAUUACCUCACUGUACCGAUAACACGUCACUGUGCGAUAUCGUGCAAAUAUUUGCGCAAAUACCUAUGGUGUAUUUUGGUAGAAUUCUCUACUCGGUACAUUACUGAGAUUGUAUUUAGAUCGUAGUUGCAACCUGCGAAAGAGUGCACUGGAAUUGCGUUUCGAAGAGGCAAGAGGAACGAGCGUGUUUGUUAUAUCCAACAAUGGUUUCGCGGAAUCGUGGUCCGAGAUCCGAGUUUUCGAGAAAUCGCUAGCUGGCACGUGGCAAGAGCAUAAUCUCCGAGUCGAUCCCAGUAAUUGGAACGUCGCGCGACGCAAGUAAAACUUUAUUGAGCGCGUGUAACCGCGCCCGGAAGAUAUCUCGUUGAUUGUUGUUUAUUAUUAGAUCAGUAUUCACUUCAACUUUUCAUUUAGUAUAAGUUAGCGUAAGCCCGUUCACAUAAUAAGCUUACGACGCGAGCGCGAGUGAUAAUCGCAAUGCAGUCGCAAGUCGCUGUAUCUCGAAAGACUGUUUCGUUCGUUUUAAGAUGUACCCUUUUAUUUUUUAUCGUAUCGUACAUUUAGAAGAUAGUUUAGCGCGUCGCAUUAUUGUAUCUAUACUGUUGUUUGUAACAGUGAACACAUUAUAUUAGGGCGAUAAUGUAGCCUCAAUACAUUUUCUUUCUUUUUUUU